CAUUUUUUAUUUAUAAUUUUUACUCUCUCUUCCUUUCUUCAUUACUAUUCUUCUUCUUUUUUCCCAUUCAACAAAUUUCUCUUUGCCUUUGUUGUUUGCUACAGAGAAGAAUCUUGUGUGAAGGAAGUUUUUUUGAUUUCUUAUGACGGGGAAGCGAUCAAAGACUAAUUGCAGAUCUGCUUCUCACAAGCUGUUCAAGGAUAAGGCUAAGAACCGUGUUGAUGAUUUGCAAGGCAUGCUUUUGGAUCUUCAGUUUGCGAGGAAAGAGAGUAGGACUACUGAUGUUACUCUUCUUGAGGAGCAAGUGAAUCAGAUGCUUCGUGAGUGGAAGUCUGAGCUCAACGAGCCCUCUCCUGCUUCUUCUUUGCAACAAGGUGGUACUCUGGGGUCUUUCUCAUCAGACAUUUGUCGGCUGCUGCAGCUCUGUGAUGAGGAAGAUGAUGCUACCAGCAAAUUAGCUGCACCCAAGCCCGAGCCUGCUGAUCAGAAUCUUGAAGCUGGAAAAGCUGCUGUCUUCCAAAGGGGAUACAAUUUGGUUCAGGGGAAGUCAGAACAUGGAUUACCAUUGGUUGAUCAUUGCAAAGAUUUGUCCUUAGCAGCUGGUAACAAUUUCGAUGGAACGGCUCCUUUGGAAUAUCAUCAGCAGUUUGAUCUGCAACAAGAGUUUGAACCAAACUUCAAUGGUGGUUUCAACAAUUGUCCCAGUUAUGGUGUAGUGGAGGGUCCUAUACAUAUCUCUAAUUUUAUCCCGACUAUUUGUCCUCCACCCUCUGCAUUCUUGGGUCCAAAAUGUGCUCUUUGGGAUUGCCCUAGGCCAGCUCAAGGAUUCGAUUGGUUCCAGGAUUACUGCAGCAGCUUCCACGCUGCACUGGCUUUCAAUGAAGGGCCACCAGGUAUGAAUCCGGUGGUGCGUCCUGGAGGUAUCGGCCUAAAAGACGGUCUGCUUUUUGCUGCUCUUAGCGCAAAGGCUGGAGGGAAAGACGUUGGUAUUCCCGAAUGUGAAGGAGCUGCAACUGCUAAAUCUCCAUGGAAUGCUCCAGAGCUCUUUGAUCUCACGGUUCUAGAGAGUGAGACACUAAGGGAGUGGCUAUUCUUUGACAAGCCAAGGAGGGCCUUUGAGAGCGGGAACAGGAAGCAAAGAUCUUUACCAGACUACAAUGGUCGCGGUUGGCACGAGUCACGCAAACAGAUCAUGAUCGAGUUUGGAGGGCUGAAGAGAUCUUACUACAUGGAUCCACAGCCUCUGCACCAUUUCGAAUGGCAUCUUUACGAAUAUGAGAUCAACAAGUGCGAUGCUUGUGCCUUGUACAGGCUCGAGCUCAAGCUUGUUGACGGGAAGAAGAAUUCAAAAGGCAAGGUUUCAAACGACUCUGUGGCUGAUCUACAGAAGCAGAUGGGAAGACUCACAGCUGAGUUCCCUCCAGAGAACAAUACCAAUAACACCAACAACAACAACAAACGCUGCAUCAAAGGAAAACCAAAAGUGAGCUCAAAAGUCGCCACCGGGAAUGUUCAGAACACAGUAGAGCAGGCAAAUGACUAUGGAGUAGGUGAAGAGUUUAACUAUCUCGUCGGAAAUCUAAGCGACUAUUAUAUCCCCUGAGAAGAAAAUGAAAAAAUCAGGUUUGAAAAGCUGUUGCUUACCAUUUAACUACAGCAGCAGAAGAAGCUUCUACAUACCGUAGGGCAAAGUAAUGGAUUUUCAUGACUCGUAUAUUUCUUUUCUUAUAUUAUAGUUCUCUCUAUCUAUGGAGAUUGUGUAUAUAUAACAAGAAGGGGAUGCUGAAGACUGUCCUGGAGUUAGGAAAAGUAAAUGUGACAAAGGAGACUGCUUUUUAAGAUUCAGUCUUUGGAGGUGAAGACAUAUUUACUGACAUUCCGGUUUAUAUAUUUUGAUGCAUUUUCGACUCUCUUCUGCGAUAUAAUGCAGAUGACAAAUUAUGUAACCGAUGCGGAAUACAGUUUGAGUAUCAGUGUUGUUCAAUGAGAUCAUAGAUCGUGAUCUUCCUUA